AUGGAGGCGAAAAAGCAGUCUACCAAAAAUGUAAACAUGAAUUUAACAGCUAAGCAUGGUGAAGCCUCCUGCUGUUGCAAUGGUAUUACAAGUCCGAAUGCACUGCGAAGCGUGCGCCCAAGUUCUACAGAAGCGAAUUCGAAGGAUCCAAGUAAUGAAUUUACUUACUUGUUGGGCGGUGCAGCCUCUGAAGGGAUACAUCCAUUCUUUCCUGACUUGUGUGAGCAGUUUAAACAUAUAACAAUAUAUGUUUUUCCCCUGUUAGAGUGUGGGAUGAUUUUCUCAAUGCAGUUCUUGGGUCUUAAGUCGUCAACGUUCCAGUUCUAUCUCAAUGGGGAAAAGGUCGAAGAGAUUUCCACUGGAUCCAUCAAGCGCGUGAUAAAGACUUUUGAAAAUGUCUACAGUCCAUCUGGGAUGAAGAAAAGGAGAAGACGACGAGGACCUAAGGAAGUUAAGAAUGAAGAAGUUGAUCCGUCUAAACUUAGCAAGGUACUUCCUAAUAGGUUUCCUGCAUCAGCAUAUCCCAAAGUGAUGGAGGCGGUUGAGUCUUUACCUGAGGCAAAUCCCUUGGGCGAAUUGUGGUGGUUUGCCAAAGGACUAUUUACAUCUGAUGAGAAGAGGGAGCGAUUCUGUGAGUUGGAAGAUGAUCGGGCCAAGCUUGAAUGGCUCCAUUGCGAAAUGGCCGAGUAAUGUGCACUUAAUAGUAUGUUUGACUUAAAUGUCUGGGACUCUGGAAUAGAUUUGAUACGUUGAACUGUUAUUUGGGUGAUUAAUUCUAGUAGUAUGUGGGUUCUGGUGAUCAUCUAUCUAAUAUACGGAUGCUUCAAUUUGAAAUGCUCCAGCAUUAUACCCAACUAACGUCUCAAUUUUUCAAAAAAUAAAAAAGUAAGAAGCAGUCCUCCA